CCAAAGCACGCAACCAGUCAGGGCAGACGGGCACUGGAGCAAAAUAUUCAUCCCCACUUAACAUGUCAAUCAGGAUUAAUGCCCCCUUACAAACCUCCCCUCUGGGUUCAUCCAAGUCCUCUCGCCAGUAGAAAAUACGGAAGGCGCAGAAGAGGCGGUAAUAUAUAAAGGCAGGACCUGCACGGAAACCCAGCACUGGAGCGCAGCGGUCUCAGUAGCCCCUUAACACGGACCCUUGGCUUGGACUUUUGUUUCACGUCUCUCUGCGUUUCGUCCAAUGGCUGUCAGGCGCAAUGACUGAUUGUGCGCAUAUUUCAGGAGGUCUGAGGCUUUGCGUCUAAUAAGUCAGCGCGUUCAAAAGUGACACAGUCACUGCGUUGUAAUCUUUUUUUUUUUUUUUUCACCCGUGGAAUAUUCAUAAAAAGAAAAAAAAAAAAUCUAAAAAAACUUUUCCUAUGCUGCAGAUGACAUUGUGCGCUUGCGGAUAAAUCUCCGUCUCUAUUCCGUUUCUCACUGCUGGAGGACGUUCAGAAAGCACCUAUACGUGUGCACCGUAAACAUUUUUUAUUUCUAUUUGUUUGCUUUUUCGCGAGCACUUCCCCAGAGAUGGAAAUGAAGAGCGCGUGUCGCAUGUUUUUCUUCCCGAUCCAAAUGCUCUUUCAUAUUGCCAAGGCGAGUUUCCUUUCGCUGCUGCCCUCUAGAAAGAAGGACUUGACCAAGGAGGUGGUAUUGGUCACUGGUGGAGGUCGAGGCAUCGGGCGACACCUGGCCAAGGAGUUUGCAAAACAGGGAGCCAGAAAGGUGAUCCUGUGGGGCAGAACAGAGAAGUGCCUCAAAGAGACAGCAGAUGAAAUCUCCCUGUCUGGAACAGAGUGCCAUUACUUUGUGUGCGAUGUAGCCAAUCGGGAAGAAGUUUACAGGCAAGCGAAGGUGGUGAGAGAAAAGGUGGGAGAUGUUACAAUAUUAGUGAACAACGCGGCAGUGGUCCAUGGAAAAAGUCUGAUGGACAGCGAUGAUGACGCUCUUCUGAAAUCCCAGCAUAUCAACACCUUAGGACAGUUUUGGACAACAAAAGCCUUCCUGCCUCGAAUGCUGGAUCUGCAGCACGGUCACGUCGUCUGCAUUAACUCCAUCCUGUCUCAGUCUCCCAUCCCGGGGGCCAUCGAUUACUGCACCUCCAAAGCGUCGUCGCUAGCCUUCAUGGAAAGUUUGACGCUAGGCCUCCUGGACUGUCCGGGGGUCGGCUGCACUACCGUGCUUCCUUUUCACACCAAUACAGAGAUGUUCCAGGGCAUGAGAGUCAGGUUUCCUCAGCUCUUCCCACCGCUUAAACCUGAAGUGGUCGCUCAGAGAACUGUUGACGCAGUCCGAACUGACAAGGCCUUCCUGUACUUGCCAUGGACAAUGCACGCACUUGUCAUUCUUAAAAGCUUCAUGCCACAAGUUGCACUUGAAGAAAUCCAUAAGUUUACAGGGUGUUACACCUGUAUGAACACAUUCAAAGGGAGGACAUGAACUUGGACUAUGUGAAAGAUCGCUACAGUCUCGCGGCGUCAUGAAGGGAAUAAGGACUUUUAGGCAUCUGAAAGUGGAAGAAUUCCCAAUAUAUUGUGAAGAGCUACACUUAGGGCACAUGCGAGGGUGUCACUUCUACAGGUAGCGUUGUGAUAAUCUGCACAGUACACCCCGGCAUUCUGUGCAGGUGCAAAUAUGAGUGUGUAUAUAGCAUAGAUGACUGAAUGCAAUACUCACUUUGAACAGAAGCCAUGCGUAGGUCUGUACCAGUAGUUAUCCUGGGAGGGGAUGUUUUCUAUCACACUUGUUUACUAUUUUUACAGUUCUUUUUUAUGCUCCUUUUAACGUGUCUUAAAAAGGUAAUAAAACUGAAUUUUAGAGUGGGAUUGUUUUGUGUAUGGGUUUUGACACAGCCUUGUGAUUAGAUCGUUUGAUUUAUUCUAAGAAGAGAUUGUGUCAAAUCAUAAAAUACUCUCUUUGGAGGCAAGUGGGGGCAUUAUCUUGUUUGUUCUAAGCUUUCAUAAAGCAUAAAAAAGAAAUGCAAUUCUCAAUGAACAUAAGCUCAAAUAAGAUCUGUCUAGCCCUCUGCAUGUAGGGGGAUUUUUUUUUUUUUACCAGAAUCAAUUAAUGUGGACACGCACGGACCGUUUUAUUUAUUGCACCCAGCUGUCAUUAUAAUGCUUUCAUUAUUCAAGUAAAAAAUAUUUUUUACUGUCUGUUUGCAAUAUGAUGAUAUAUCAGAUUCCAAUUUGCCAGCUUGGCUCAUACUCAGACAAUCUUAAGAUGUCUGCAAAUGCAGCAUAUUUGUGUUCGUAGAUCAAGGAAAACCUCAAAGAAAUGUGUAAUUGAAUAAAGGAAACAAUAUGAAA